CUAAAUAAAAAUAAUAUUUUAGAAAUGGAGGAGCCACUUGAUAUUAAUACUAAUCUUGAAAGAGAUUUAGAAGAGAUUAAUCAAAAUGACUUUGCUGGCACUAGUCAAAGUUUAAAAACCAAAUCACAUCUCAUCCCUGAUAUGGAUAAACUCCCAAUGUCUGACACAGUCAAUCCUUUAGUUAAAUAAAUAUUCUUAUAAAAACGUUGGGAGCAAUGGUGUGAUGAGUGUGGAGCCUGAAGUGUUAAAUUUUGCUGGAUUUUAUGAAUUGAACAAAACUUAUACGAUGAAAGCAAAGAUUAUCAACAGUUCCAACAUUCCUCAAAGAGUCAACAUCUUACCUCCGAUGACUCCAUUCUUUUCAGUCAAAUAUUCAAAGAAAGGAAUGAUUCCUACCAACAGCGCUGAAGAAAUCUAUGUCCAGUUCAAACCCACAGAGUAUAAAUAUUACUAUGACUCAGUCAGAAUCCAUGUCUCUGGAACUGGACCUAAAGGGUGCAUUAUAUUGCCACUUCAUGCGUACCCAGUCAUCAACCGGACUCAAGAGCGUCUUCUCCCCAAACUUGUCAACAUGAAAGAGUCUGCCAUUAAUGAAGGAGUCGCCAAGAAAGUUCUUUACAUUGAGAGUGACACCCCAGUGAUAUUUGAGUACGUGAUCGAAUGGGUGGAGUCCCACCAAGACAUCAAUGUGUCUCCAAUGAGUGGAGAAAUCAAAGCCAUGGGCAAGACUCCCAUCGAAGUGUAUUACAGGCCUUCGAGCAACACUACUGCAAACGCCACUUUCAAGCUCACUACGACCGAGUUCAACUGAAAGCCUUGCACGGUCAGAGUGGUCGGAGCAGCCAAGCCAGGCGAAGUGGAACGCAAAGAUGUUUCGUAUUAUUUCGACGAAACAAGGCCGCAAGAAGAUGAUUACGAUGCUAGUGGCUCAAAGACUCUGCUUCGGAGCAAGCCAUCAAAGUAUACAAGGAGACCAGGAUCAGGUAUCAAACUCAAGAAAAUAGAUCAAUCUCAGCUAAGUCAUCAGCAAUGGAAGCCUACAGAGUCAGCUAGAAAAACCGUUCUGAGCACAAAUCGAACAAAGACUCAGGCAUCUGUCAAGAACAUGGGCGAAACCCAGAUUGGAGAUGAUGCAUUUGCAACAGUCAAAGCCAAGCUGACUCCAAACGAACAAGAUUUCAUCUUGAAGUACAGGCAGCUUGAAGAACUCGACAAAGUCAAAGAAAUCAAGUUCUUUCAGUGACUUGGAGACCCUCCAAUCACAUCAGAUGAAAUAGGAGACUUCAAGCAGAAAAGGCAGGACUACAUCGACGAAACCAACUUUGCCAGGUUCGAGAACACCAGAUACGCCACCGAGACAGACAACGACAGAGUUGUGGUAGACACCGACUUGCCCAUGGAAGUCAAUCCGCAGCUUGACCUGUACCAGAACAACCACUUCGAACUCAGAAAGAGAUGUCUGAACCUGAUGCUUAAGUAUGUAAACCAGAUGGUAAUUCGCCAGAGAGCUGGCAAACGUCUCAUGCAGCUCAAAGCCAAACUCAAAGAGCAGUCAAAGGCGGCUCUUGAAGAAGGUAAACAAGUUAUUCUUGGGGAGUGGAGCUUCAACACUGAGUUCGAGAAUCCGAAAAUGCCUGUGGAAGCUGGACUCACUUCAAUCAAAGAAAAAGUGGAGGCCCAAAUGCCCACAAACUUCGACGAUAUGGCUCCCUUCAAGCCUAUCGAAGACCUUGACUUUGAGAUCUACAACUACAAGCCGUUUGAGAUUCCGAAGAUGUCCCACUACAUUCCGGUCCUUGACGACAAGCCACUCAGACAAGGCUGAGAACAUGAGUACGCCAUUCGUGGGCCCAGAGGAGACCCGCUAUCAUAUGUAAAGCCUCACCAAGACAAAAUCAUUGAAAUGCCUGAAACCAUUAGAAAGCCGUUUGAUGUUCCGAGAACUCACCUGAUCAUGCCUCAUCCGACGAUUAGGUCGUAUGUGCCAUACAAAAAGUAUACUGAAAUUGACCCAGAGUUUUACCUACAGCCCCACCCAAUCCACAGAGUGAUUCCAGAUGAUGACCUGACCACCAGAGGCACACUGACCAAUGACUUGAGUCUGAUCAACAGCGACAUCCCAGGGUACGUGGGAAUUAACACGAUCGAGAAGAUUCCGCUCGAACACUUCGAGCCUCAAGAGUACAAACGGAGCCACCUCAGAGAAGGCCUUGCUUGCGACAGAACUCUCGAACGCACAUUUGAGAAACUUCCGAAAGCUGAUGAAGUUGACUACCCAAGCGAUGAAGACUCUGGCAACGAAGAAGAACUUGACGAAGAAGUCAUCCAGCAGCUCGACAUGGAAGAAGGCCUCGAAGACAAAGACUCCGAGUUCAUUGAUAAAACUGACGGAAUUAUUUCGAUGAAGUACUAGAACCUCCCAAUUAG